AUGGGGUUCCCAGAGCUGCUGAAUGCCAUCGGGGGCAUGGGGAACUUCCAAAUCCUCCAGACUGCACUCCUGCUGUUUCCUACCUGCCUAUUUGCCUGCCACAAUUUCCUGCAGAACUUCACAGCCAUGACCCCGGGACAUCACUGCCGGCCAGCCAACUGGACCAAUGGGUCUGUCACAAGCGGUGUUAGCGAUGGCAACCUGCUGAGGGUCUUCAUUCCGCUGGACAAGCACCAGAAGCCUGAACAAUGCCUGAGAUUCUCAGAGCCCCAGUGGCAGAUCUUAAACCUUAAUGGCUCCUCCUCUUUGAGUCUGGACACCGAGGCCUGCCUAGACGGGUGGAUGUAUGACCAGAGCAUUGUCGCCUCCUCAAUCGUGACAGAGUGGGACCUGGUGUGUGAGCACAAGUCGCUGAAAUCCAUUGCCCAGUCCAUAUUCAUGGUCGGACACCUGGUGGGAGCCACUACCUUUGGCAUCCUCUCGGACAGGUAUGGCCGUCAGAAGAUUCUGCAGGUUGUGGCCCUGCUGGUGGCCGCCGCUGGCACUAGUGCAGCCUUCGCCCCCACGUUCCCUGCCUACUGUGUGCUCCGCUUCCUCAGUGGGAUGGCACUUACUGGCAGCAUCCUCACCAACAUCUGCCUCACCAUGGAGUGGACCCCGACGCAGAGGCGGACACUGGUCAACACUUACUUCGCAUACAUGAUCACAGUGGGCCAGAUGGUCCUCUCAGGCCUGGCCUUCCUCAUCCGGGAGUGGCGAUGGCUGCAGGGCACAGUGUCUGUCUCCUACAUGAUCAUUCUUCUAUAUGGCUGGCGACUGCCAGAAUCAGCUUGCUGGCUCAUCACCCAUAACAAACUUGAUGCGGCCGUGAAGAAUCUGAAGGCUGUGGCAAGAUUCAAUGGCAGAAAGGAGCAGGGGAGAAAACUCACUCCAGAGGUGGUGCGUUGCCACAUGCAGGAGAAAAUGGCCACUGUGAAAGCGUCCCUGUUCCUCCUGGAUCUCUUCCGCACCCCAGAACUCCGCAGGACCACCUGCUGCAUCUCAGUGGGAUGGUUCUCUGCGGGCUUUUCCUUCUAUGGGCUGGCUUUGGAUCUGCAGCAAUUUGAGUUCAGCAUCUACUGGACACAAAUGCUGUUUGCAGCCAUUGAAGUGCCUGCAAACCUGCUAGCAGCCCUGAGUACCGACUACUUUGGCCGCCGGGUCACUGUCGUCUCCCUGCUGCUGGUGGCUGGCUGCAUGAUCAUUGCCAACAUAUUUCUUCCUGAAGACAUGAAAACCUUUCAGCUGGUGCUCACCUUAUUUGGAAAAGGGAGCCUCGCCUGCUGUCUUACUUGUCUUUACCUAUACACCAUGGAGCUCUUCCCAACUGAAGUCAGGCAGAUGGGAAUGAGCGUUGGGGUCUUCUGCACGCGCCUGGGCGCCCUCCUCUCACCCCUGGUCUACAUCCUCAGCGGCUACAACCCGGUGCUGCAGCCCAUGGCGUUCAGCUUGGUCCCCAUCCUGGCAGCCUCAGCAGCCUAUUUCCUGACAGAGACCAACAACCUGCCUUUGCUGGACACCAUCCAGGAAACAGAGAAGAGCCAGUUGGCUGGGACAAAGCCGUGGACACGACAGCGCCUGCGCAUCAACGCAUAG